AUGACUGAUUUUCAUGCAAGAGGCCAUCUUUUGUCAGAUUUGAACAAGUCAUCAAGAGAAGAGAGACGCAAUGAGGGAGGUGUCUUUGACCUAGAGGCUCUUCUUGAAAUGCAAAAUACAAGUGUUGGUUCUGAAAACAAUGAAACGAUGAAUCUUAACCCUUUGGAUGUUAUGGUGGCAAUAUUUACAUGCUGCGACAACUUUCUAAAACAAACUCUUGCUCAGAAGCUUUUUAUUUGCAAACUUGCCAUUCCCUUUCUGUAUCCUCUUGGAUCAGAAGGCAAGGUCGGGAUGUCACUAUGGGCACUAAGAACGAUUACUGUUCAGCGGCAAACCGAGAAAAAUUGCAUUUCCAAAUCGUCGGUGACAGACAAAUAUUUCCCUGUGGUGACAUUUGUUAGAUUGGGCAGGGCACCACUGUCUAAGUCCAAGCUGAUGAACGAUAUUCUCAAGGAUGAUGGUCAUGACACCUUCUUCCACAAAGAUUGCCUCAAUGGUACCGUAACCAGAAGGAUAACUAAUGGUCUUGUGGAAUGUUUCUGGUUUAUUGCAUUAGAUGGACAAAAAGACCACCUACCUGAAACAACUACGAUACUAAACUUAAGAGGCGAUGCCUCUGUAAUGAAGAAACAAAUGCAGAUUUUGCAGGAAAUAUCUUCUGUAAUAUUUGUGUCAGCCACUGAUCAAGAACUGGCAACACCCCAAAACACCAACACAUUCCAACAAAUCUUACAAACUAAUGCUAAAGUCAUCCUUCUUUUGAUCUGCGGAAAACACGAACAAGGUACACUGGCUUGUUUUGAGACAAUUGGAAAGGAUUUCAUAAAAGCUGUCAGUAUAAUUUUAUCCAGAACCAAAGACGGUAUUCGGAAAAAUGCCAGUGUGCUCAAGACUGAAGCUAGAGAAAAGCUGUCAGAAGCGAUCAGUGGGUGUUCUGGUGCAGUUUUAGAAGAGUGCGCUCUACGUGUGAGGGAGAUGGGGAUCAUCAUAGAUGAAUAUGAUGAUGAAGCCUGCCUUGAAGGUAAGGUCCUUGCAGAUAAUGUUGUCAGCAACGUGAAAGACAUGAACAUCGCUGACUGUAAAAACCUCCUUCUUCCUUUGCAAGGUCCUUAUUGGAUUGAAAACUGCAAUAUGCUAAAGAGGCUACACAGAACAGCUGGUCAGGGUACACAGUCGUCAUCACAUCAUGCUGAUGAAUUGAAACAGAAGAUGAAACUUCUUCGUGAAAAACAGGUGGAAAUAUGCAAAAACGGACUAACUCCCUUCAUCAAAGACUUCAUGUCAACUCUGCAAAAGAACGGAGAUGUUAUGUAUUUCCUGAGGUGGAUUGAUCUCUAUUUGAAUGAACAUCAGCUUGCCAAUGCAUCAUUUGGAAUGGAAAACAUUUUCAGAGAAUUGGGUCAAAUUUACGAAGCGAUGAAUGGGAGUGGCAAAGAAGAACAAGACACUGGGGUAGAUGUGGAGUAUCUGCCAGAAAUAGCUGCCAAACUCCUAGUGAAGGGCAUCCCAUUGGAGUUAGUUGAUGGAGACUCAUCAAGUAUUCACAUUGUAUGGGUAAGCGCAGUGUUGAGGCAGCUUGGAAAUAUUAUUGGCGAAAAGAGACUCUUUGUUCUCUCCAUCUUGGGUAUCCAGAGCUCUGGGAAAUCAACACUUUUAAACACCAUGUUUGGGUUGCAGUUCGCCGUUAGUGCAGGGGGAUGCACAAAGGGAGCAUACAUGCAACUCAUCCCAGUAGAUAAACACGCUGAUCUUCCAUUUGAUUAUGUUGUUGUUGUAGAUACAGAAGGGCUUCGUGCACCAGGACUAGGACAACUUAAAUACGAGCCUGAUAAUAAGCUUGCAACUCUCGUAUUUGGUCUAGGUAAUGUAAACAUGAUUCACAUCAAAAGAGAACUCUCAGAAGAAAUGACAGACGUCUUGCAGAUUGUAGUGCAUGCCUUCUUAAGGAUGAACCGUGCAAGAAAACACACUCGAGGUGACAAAACCUGCAUAUUUCUUCAUCAGAAUACCCCAGAAGCUAAUGCAGAGGAAAUGAGGCACGGAUGCCUGAAAGUGCAAGGUGCCUUAAACGAUAGGACCAAAGAAGCAGCCCUCUGUGAAAACCUAAAAAACAUCUACCUAUUCUCCCAGAUUGUGAACUUUGAUGUCGAAGAACAUGUAUGGUUCUUCCCUGAUCUGUGGCAUGGCAAUCCACUCAAGGCCCGUGCAAAUCCAGCGUAUUGUGAAAAGGUAGCUGCCUUACGGUCGAACGUUUUGGGAGAGAUUGCGAAAGGACAGAAAGCAUUUCUGACAUCUUCAGAUUUAUCCAUUCACCUUGCUGAUCUAUGGAAUAGGAUCCUUGAUGAUGACUUUGUCUUCAGAUUCCGCAACAGUCUUGAGAUGAAAUCCCACAAUAGCAUGCAAUCCAAUUACUACACUUUGGAGAUGAAUUGA